CUCUCUCUUCAAAUCCUCGAAAAUAUCGUUGAUCUACCGCAACUACUCUCAGACGGAUCUCUCAAUGCUGACCCUCUUCAACACAUACACUUUCUCUCCGAAGCCAAAAAAAAAAAAAAGCACCAACUUUCAUCAGCAGUAACAUUGUAUCAUUCACUUCUUAUAAAUUUUGAAAUUCAACGUCUCUUUUUGAAGCUACCGUCACUACUCUUUACAGGUACGGUUUCUCAACUCCCUUGAGAGUUAACAGUAAUUGUUAUAGAUUAUGAACAUGGAGGUUCCGCUCUUGCGUUACCAGAGUAUAUCAUUGGAUCAGAUUCAAAAUAGUUGUAGAUUCCCUUUCUCGUUUACGGAUGAUAAAAAGGUUUUCAAACAUAAAUCCUUGUUUUCUGGAUAUAGUUUUUCGUUGGAUAGAAGAAAGUGGAAGAUUCCGUUUCGUAGAAUUAGAUGCUCUUUAAUGGAGCAAGGGUUAAAGCCACGACCCAAGCCAAAUAAAGUCGAUAUUGAGGAAUUAAAAGAGAGUAAAGUGCAUGAGAACGAGGUCAAGAAACCCUGUGCAGGGCUUUGUAGUCAGAUAGAGAAGUUAGUGUUGAACAAAAAGUAUAGAGAAGCACUUGAACUAUUUGAGAUUUUGGAGUUAGAAGUUGGUUUUGAUGUGGGCAGUAGCACCUAUGAUGCUUUAGUGAGUGCUUGUAUAGGUUUAAAGUCUAUUAGAGGUGUGAAGAGGGUAUGUAAUUACAUGCUAAGUAACAGAUUUGAACCUGAUCUGUAUUUGAGAAACAGGUUACUUCUUAUGCAUGUGAAAUGCGGGAUGAUGAUUGAUGCGCGUAAAUUGUUCGAUGAGAUGCCUGAGAGGAACUUGGUUACAUGGAACAUGCUAAUUGUGGGGCUUAUUGACUCUGGAGAUUAUAUAGAGGCAUUUGAGUUGUUUUUAAUUAUGUGGGAGGAGUUUUCCGAUGGUGGUUCAAGAACUUUUGCCACAAUGAUUCGGGCAUCUUCUGGAUUAGGAGACAUUUCUGUGGGAAAACAGUUGCAUUCCUGUGCUGUUAAAAUGGGUGUUGGUGAUGAUACUUUUGUGUGUUGUGCUUUGAUUGAUAUGUAUAGUAAAUGUGGGAGCAUUGCAGAUGCUCAAUUUGUUUUUGAUGAGAUGCCAGAGAAGAUUACAGUAGCAUGGAACACAAUUAUAGCAGGUUAUGCACUUCAUGGCUACAGUGAAGAAGCUCUGGAUUUGUAUUAUGAGAUGCGUGAUUCUGGGGUUAAAAUGGAUCAAUUUACAUUUUCUAUGAUUAUAAGAAUUUGUGCGAGGUUGGCUUCUGUGGAACAUGCUAAGCAAGCUCAUGCAGGUCUAGUUCGUCACGGUUUUGGUUUAGAUAUAGUAGCAAACACGGCGCUUGUGGACUUCUAUAGUAAAUGGGGAAGAAUAGAAGAUGCUCGUCAUGUUUUCAACAAGAUGCCCUGCAAGAAUGUCAUUUCCUGGAAUGCCUUGAUUGGUGGUUAUGGUAAUCAUGGUCGUGGAGAAGAGGCCGUUGAGCUGUUUGAACAAAUGCUUCUUGAAGGAAUGAGACCGAACCAUGUGACAUUUCUUGCUGUGUUAUCCGCUUGUAGCCAUUCAGGCUUGUCAGAACGUGGAUGGGAAAUUUUUCAAUCAAUGGGUAGGGAUCACAAGAUCAAGCCACGUGCAAUGCAUUAUGCUUGUAUGAUCGAGUUAUUGGGUCGAGAGGGGCUUUUAGAUGAAGCCUUUGCCUUAAUCAGAGGUGCUCCCUUUAAACCUACAGCAAAUAUGUGGGCUGCCUUGCUAACAGCUUGUCGAGUACAUGGGAAUUUAGAGCUGGGGAAGUUUGCAGCAGAGAAGCUUUAUGGAAUGGAACCUGAAAAGCUUUGUAAUUAUGUUGUGCUUCUAAAUAUAUAUAACAGUAGUGGUAAGUUAAAGGAAGCAGCCAAUGUUGUGCAGACGUUAAGAAGAAAGGGUUUAAGAAUGCUUCCUGCAUGCAGUUGGAUUGAAGUCAAGAAACAAUCGCAUGUUUUCUAUUCCGGAGAUAAAUCCCACGUCCAAAAAAAGGAGAUUUACCAGAAAGUUGAUAGCUUGAUGCGAGAAAUUUCAAAACAUGGGUAUGUUCCAGAGGAGAAAACUUUGCUUCCUGAUGUGGAUGAACAGGAACAGCAUGUGUUGCUGUACCACAGUGAGAAACUGGCUAUAGCUUUUGGGCUGAUAAACACUACAGAUUGGACGCCGCUGCAAAUUGUGCAGAGCCAUCGAAUUUGUUGUGACUGCCAUAAUGCAGUGAAGUUGAUAGCUAUGGUUACAGGACGGGAAAUUGUCGUGAGGGAUUCUAGCAGGUUCCACCAUUUUAAAAAUGGGAUAUGUUCAUGUGGUGAUUACUGGUGAUGGGAGGAAAGGGCGGUCAUUUGGGGUUGUAUAAGAAAGAGCAAAGCCAGAGCGCAAGAAAGGGGGGAUAUGG